CGUGGUUCUUGGCUGCACCCGUGACCCAUAUCUUUGCUUAGACCUUAUCACAAGUUGUUAAAUGUGAAGGUGCCAAGGUGGUCUUCUCAAUCCUAUGUGAAGUCGUCUACUCUGUUUGGUCUCCUUUGCAGCUCUGCUUGGACGUUUCCUGAGCAAAGCUAGCUAGCUGCCUGCAUCCCCACAGAUCGAUCUUCCAGUCUUCUGGUCUCAUCAUUGGAGACCUGCAGGCUGCAGUGUAAUUCAUUGGUUCGAGGAAUUCGCUCAGGAUAAAACCAAAUAUGGCAAGUGCACAUGAUGAACUCGAGAAGAAGCCACAAGAUUCAAAUGCUGCACCAAUUCGAUUUUCACUAGAAUAUUUAAAAGACAUCACAUCUGAUUUUUCCACUAAGUCAGUGCUGGGGGAAGGUGGGUAUGGAGUGGUUUACAAGGGAAUUCUUCAAUGUGGUAAAAUUAUUGCUGUAAAGAAACUUCGGGAACUACAUCAAAAUGAUGAGACAUUCCAAAAUGAGAUCACUUAUCUUAUGGGGACUAAGCACGAAAAUGUAGUACAAUUUGUUGGUUACUGCGCAGAAUCUACAUGGGAAUUAAGAGAGUAUCCAAGUGGGAGUGGGAAGCAUAUUCUUGCUGAAAUGCCAAACAGGUUGCUCUGCUUCGAGUAUGUAUCCAACAGAAGCCUUGACAAACAUAUAUCUGACGAAUCUUUGGGCCUUGAGUGGAAUACGAGAUAUGGCAUAAUCAAGGGGAUUUGCAGUGGCUUGCAUUUCCUUCAUGAGGAACGCUAUAUUGUUCAUCUGGACCUCAAACCUCAAAAUAUAUUGCUGGAUGAUACUAUGAUUCCGAAAAUUGCGGAUUUUGGAUUGUCAAGGCUCUUUGGCGAGAAGAAAUCACGAACUGACACUGUUAAUCGUGCGGGAACACUUGCUUCCGUAUUGUGUGGCAGUGGAUAUAUGGCACCAGAAUACAUAAACCAAGGCUUAAUCUCUAAGAAGGCAGAUAUCUUCAGUUUGGGUGUAAUAAUAAUGGAGAUAAUCACAGGUCGUAGGGACUAUCCAGAUGUCAAGCAGGAGAGUCCUCAGAGUACUAGCAUAUCUUUUCAGCACUUCAGAAAGGAAGUACUUGAAAGUUGGAGGAACAAAUUUGUAUCAUCGUCAGUGUAUAUACCAAUGGAACAAUAUAAUCAACAAAUAAAACAAUGCAUCAACAUAGCCCAAAAAUGCUUGAACCCUGGUAUGGAGAGAAGGCCUACUACAAAGGAUAUAAUCCAAGUCCUUGAUGCGGCAGACCAAGUGGAAGCCUGUGAAGAGUUGCUGUCGGCUAUGCAGUGCACAGACCAGUUGCUGGUACUAAACACUACUAUGAGCAAGGAUCUCAUACUGGAGAGAUUCACUAAAGACUUGUUCAACUACGAGACAGAUAGUGAAGUGUUGGACGAAGCAAAAUCUGAGGGUUAUUCACCAAUGCCUUUGUCGCUGUCGAGCACAGCCAAUCAGAAUUAUCAAGAUGCGGCAAAGGAAUCUAGUGAGCCACAACCAGCAAGUGACACAGCACCUGAGGUAAUCCUACCAGGCUCUGUUGAGCUUUUUAAUGACUCCCCACAUAUGCUCCACUUCCCUUUUGAACCCAAUGAGUUGAUCCCGUCCUCUCUGCACCUAAGAAAUAAUACAGAUGCACAUGUGCCAUUUAUGCUUAUGAAGAAGAGCAAUAACAAAGGGAUGUGCUUCGUAAGGCUGCCACUGUAUGGCAUUGUGCCUCCGAGAUCCACUUACACUCUCGUGGUGAUAAUAGAUAAAAAGGAAAACCUACCAGAAGAAAGAGAAGAUGAACUAAUCCUUCGUAGCAUUAUAAAUGGCAAGUGUAGCUGUACUGCCGUACGGCUUGCUUGCGAGGGACUCUUUGAGGAAGCCGAAAAGUCAGGAAAUACUGUGGUGCAUACAGUGAAAGCUGUUUAUGCUCGGCAAGAAGAGACAACAUAUGAGGCAAUCCUGCCUCCAGUAAAGAUCAUGCGUAUGGAUGAUAAUUACCAUACUAGUAAUAUUUUCUGUCUAGAUGCACAUCCGUCGGAGCCAUGGAUUAUAACAAGUCACUGGAGCGGACAAGUUAUCAUAUGGAGCUGUAACACACAGGAAGUGAUGGUUUCUCGUAAUGUCGGAAUCGGACAAGUUUGCUCUAUUAAAUUCAUUGCACGCAAGCAAUUAUUUGUUGUUGGGUUCACUACCGGUUCCAUCCAUGUUUACAAGUAUCAAAUUGGACAACUCAAAAAAAUAAGACACAUCAAGCAGAUCUCUGUUGAUAAUGGUCUCCAAUCACUAGCUGUUCACCCAACCCAAUCGUAUGUACUUUUAGUAUUUCAUAGGUUCAUAAGCCUUUGGGACGGGGAGCGAGGGUGGAAGUUGGUAAGAACAUUCACUGGUCACAGCGGGUUUGUAAGGCAAGUCACAUUCAACCCAAUGGACACCAACAGUUUUGCUAGUGCUUCGGAAGAUAACACGAUAAAGGUUUGGAAUAUGGGUUCACCUGAACAUAAGUAUACUCUAUCUGGUCAUUCUGGCGGAGUGAACUGCCUGGAUUUUUUCAUGCGUGCCGGGCAGCAACAUUUGGUUACUGGCUCCAACGAUAUAAAUGCCAAGAUAUGGGACUUGAAGGAAAGAAUGUGUGUUUAUACACUGAAAGCAUUCAUGUCUCCGGUUGUUUCUGUCGUUUCCCAUCCCACUCUUCCAGUUCUAAUUGCAGGUACAAAAGACGGCACUGUUCAUUUGUGGAGCUCCACUGAUUUCAGUUGCUUCAUAUUCCCCAGGCGUAUGAGAGUCCUUCAUGUUAACAAGAGCGGAUUUGUUUCUGGUCUAGCAUGUUCUAUGGGGUCGAGAAGAAUUUCGGAAUAUAGGUUCGUAUUCACCCUUUCAUAUGUUCAGAUAGAGUAUACUUAUGUGGUAUACUCUCUAUUUUUGUGGCGCCACAUACUUUCUAUUUUUUAUAUGUGGCACCACAAAACGUAAACGCGGGUGCACAUGGAGAAUUUCAUUAAAAAUGAAAUAUGGGAAAGUCUCAUUUUUACUACAAUCAGGUAUUUGCAGUUGUUUAUAGGUAACAUACUGAUAUACUUUUUGUCCACUUUACUCUCUUCCAAGUUUCAAUAUUGUCUUGACUCACUAUACCCUGGUUUUAGACCCUUGUUUUGCUGACAUGGAUACGUGUUCGGUGGUUUCAUACACAUCACCAUUUUGAAGGGUGCCAUCUUCUUCUAUUCACUCCCAUGUUACCUUUGACAUGAACAAAUGCUCCUAACCAGUGGGUCCACCUGGUCAGAGAGACAUAACAGAUGAGGUUGCUUCCCUGGGAAGCCAUGGCGGCGAUGAAUUAAAGAGCUGACCAGUAGUG